ACAACUUCACCGUAGAUGAAGACAUUAAGCUAGUGUCGGCGUGGCUCAAUGUUAGCUUAGAUGUCGUGACAUCGACGGACCAAAAACACACAACAUUUUGGGAUCGAAUUUGGUCCACCUUCCACAAUGACAAAAAAUUUAACCGCACCAAGGAUUCUUUAAACAGUCGGUGGUCAACAAUUCAAAGGGAGACCAACAAGUUAAGUGGUAAAAUUGAGCAUAACAAGAUUAAUGAUGCAAAAGCUAUGUAUCAAAGUAAUAGCAAAAAUGCAUUUCAAUUGGAACAUUGUUGGAGAAUUUUGAGGAAUGAAGCUAAGUGGUUGAUUCUAAGAGAUAAUUUGAAAGUCCACACAAGACAACUAGCCACACAAUCUUGUCAUACUUUUGCAAGCUCAAUAAAUCUAGAUGAAGAUAAUGAUGAGAUGAACUCCGGUGAAACCUUGAAGAGACCCAUAAGCAAGAAGGCCAAAAAGGAGAAAUUAAAGAAAAGAAAGAAUUGUGAUGACGUGGUCCCAAUACUUUCCUCCCAAUUGGACGAAAUCAAGGAAGAAAAGAGGAGAAUGCAUGAGGAGAAAAAGGAAAGUAUGCACAUUGCAUUAGAAGAACGAAGAGAGUCAAUGUGCAUUGCAUCCGAAGAACAAAGAGAGUUAAUUCGUAUCAAGGAAGAGAAGAAUGAAGUAGAAAAGAGGAAAAUGGAAGAUGAAAUUAUGAUGAAAGAUACAAGAACCAUGGAUCCUGAGCAAAAAGAAUAUAUUCGUCUAUGUUGUUUGGAAAUCUUGGAGAGGUUAAGGUCUAAAUUUCCAUCAUAA